CUAAUCGUCCGGUAUGAGAUCAAGUCAAAAUCAGUGUUUGCUUAGUAAGCGUCGAGUUUAUGCUCUUAUCUAUGCUGCAGGUAACAAUAGAUUGAAGUAUACAUUAUGACCAGAAGCUAUCAGACUUACUCAGUCAUUAUGCCAUCCCCUUUGUCUAAAUGACGACAAAGCUAUAGCCUCAUCGACAAUUCUUAUGCCGCAUUCAGCAAUGCCAUUUAGUGAAGAUGUCCGGUUUGAGCUAUCGAGCUCUUAUCUAUUUCUACUCCUUAAUAUAUAGUCGUUUCUCAACCUCCUUAUAUGAUCAGGGACUGUAGGUACUAUUAUAUAUAGUUAACUUCAAGCUAUCUACUUCAGUGGGUUUCUAGAUUAGCAUCUCUUAGCUCUACUCCCGAUCUAAUAUUGCAUACGCCAAUUUUGAGUAUACUCCAGCUAUAACAGCAGUAAAUUAGCAUGGAUUAUCUCAAAGAGAAUAAUAUUUCGUGGUGGACGGUUCCGUUUGCCUUUGUCCUAGCUUUGUUUCCACGGAUAUACUUUGGGAUCCUUGGAUCUGGAAGCGGAGUUUACGACCCUAAGAAUCCUCGCAGAUUUGUACAAUCCGUUAGAAAGUCGACAGCACUAAACAACGUGACUGCCGCGCGCAUAGAGCGUUCCGAAUAUGCUUUGAAUAACGCAUUCGAAAAUCUACCGCUGUUCGCUGUUGCAGUUCUCGCUGCAAAUGUAGGGCAGCUGGAUCUUGAGACUCGCAAUUUACUCUCACUUCUCUACCUUGCAAUCAGAAUCCUCUACACCUGGGUGUAUAUUUGGGGACAGGAGAAUCGUUGUUUACAUCCUCUGACCCGGACUGCAGUGUGGUUCUGCGGAAAUAUCGUCCUUGGGUAUCUGUAUCUCUUGCCGGGAAUCCAGCAUAGUGACUUUGAAAAAGAAUGCAGCUACUGGCUCACGGAAGCCGUUAGACUACGGGACAAUGCGGGAGUUUCACCAAAACCAGAGCUUUAAAUCUAUAAGGAUCAACUAUACAUAAAAAGAAAUCCCAGCCCUCAAAGAUAGAAACUAUUCAACCGACGCAUAAGGCAUAAGAAAAUCAAAUCGGAGAGCCUUUAUACCACCAUGGCGCAUUACACAAAGAUCUACAUCUUCGUGUAAUUAGUUUACAUAUAAUUCUACCCAUGUACGGGAUCUCUAUAGGCAGCGUCGUCGGAUAAUUAAGUUCGCAAUGUAAUUUAGACCCGGGUAGUAAACAUACCAGACUCAGACCAAUCCUCGUAUCCUCUUCCUUAGGAUAUCCCUCUUUCUUAAUGGCAUUCAGGCUCU